GAGUUGGUUGGUACAACUGUCGUAAAGAAGUUCGUUUGAAUAGUGAUGUCCACGGUGAGGCGGCGGUGGUUCGUCUUAACGAUAUUUUUCAACCUUUAACUGUGCGGCAAGAACAGCAAAAGGAAUUCGAAAUAUUGUGGAAUCAUGUUCCACGAUAAGAAGAGCGUUGAUCGCCACGUGCAAGAUAUUUUACGAAAGCUGAAGACGGAAAAUGAGAGGAACCUGAGAUGUUACAAUAUUGCUAAACUUUAUUACCAAGUUGGUGAUUACGAAUCCGCAAGGAGAUACGUGUCAUGUUACCUAGAAGUGCGAGAAGAUUCAGCUAACGCACAUAAACUACUAGGUCAAACCCUCGAGGCUCUUGGUCAGAAAGAAGCUGCGUUAGCAAAAUAUAAAUGCUCCCUUGAAAUUGAUGGCAAACAAGACGAUCUAGUCUUGAAAGUUUGUGAGAUUCUGGCAGACACAGACGUAGGGAUGGAUGUCAGCAGAGCCAGAUAUUGGUUGGAAAGAGCAGACAAACAGUUCCCGCAUCAUCCUGUCGUAUUUCAGCUGAAAGAAAAACUACUAACUGUAGAUAGACCAAAUGAUAAUGCGGAAGAUCUUGAAGCACUUAUAGCAUCUGAAUUGUCAGCCAGACCAAAAGAUGUAACAUUGCGUGUCAAAUUAUUGCACCAUUACAUGGUGAAAAAUAGACUCGAGGAUGGAUACAAACAUGCCAUGGGUGUGGAAUCAACCUUUACCUUUAGGGAUAAUAUCUCAUGGUAUCAAACAAUUUGUGAAUUGUUUGGAAAGUGCAAAGAUAGCAAGUCUUCUGAUUGGACUUUCUGGAUGCUAUACAUUUCAGCUCUUGAGAGAUUUGCCACUCUGUCUCUUAAAGAGCAGGGUGAUGGACCAAAAAAAUCUAUCCCCGAAGUUGCACAGGCAAUAUUGAAUUUCGACCAAAACCUGACAGAAGCAGAGCAUCAUAAGAAACUUUCAAACGAUCCCACUUUUGCUGAACAUAUGUUUGCGCACAUGUGGGGCCAAUUACACUUGCAUUUAGCAUGUCUAAUGCUCCGAAAAACUAAGCGUGAGCAUCAGAGUUGGAGUGAAGCAGGUCGGUUGUGCUCUCCACUUCUAUUAUGUGCGCUACAUACCAAUCCACCUGACCCUACUGCGCUUUGGGCAACAAAACUGAAGGAUCUGCGCAGAGCUCAAGUUAACCAAUGGUAUCGAGAAGGAUCUUACAGAUGCAGUCAAGCUGGACAUGUACUUCAAGACUAUGCAAGAAAUGAUACAAAAAGAUUCUUAGACAAAAUUGACAAAUUUUGUACUGGUGCUUGGAGGGAACGAGUUUAUCAGAGAAUAUUUGUAAGUCGGGUGCAACAGCAAUUGAUGAAGAGCUCAUACUUUGCCAAUCAUUCUUCUCCAAACCCUCCACUUAGGCUUUGCACAUAUAAUGAGCUGAAACAUCAUGACGAAGUCUCAGAAGAGGUUUGGCCAAGCUCAUUACACCAUCAAGUUUGGUUGGGCAUCAAACAUCGGCCACAUCAUAAUAAUCACAACAACUUUAUUGGCCCUCAACCUCAUCAAUAUUGCCACAUAUUCCCUGAAUUGCAGUUUUCUGUCUACAAUCUGAGCCAUGGAGGAGCAGACAGUUUGAGUCGGCUAGAUAUUGAUGCAUUUUUGAAUGCUGCAGUUUUGUGCGCCUCUGUCAUUGUGGAGGAUCAACAACGGAGUGGGUUCUGGAGUCCCGACAGGCUGCCAACUCUACCAGCUGACAUCACCAACUCACUUUGUAGCAGUACUCAAGAGAAGUGGUGGACAGCAGCAUACAGGAUGUAUCGAGACCAGGAAGGAGUUGGAAGUGAGAUUGGAGAAAUAAGACAAAUAUUACAACACGGUCUUGAGGUAGUUCGUUGCAUAGACAAUCAUGGAUUACAUCCGUGUCUCUUGGUUCAUUUGGCACGUAUCUUCCAUCACAGAGUUAAAGUGAUGAAAGAAAAAAAUGAAGAACACAGUGAUAUUCCAGCACUGGAGGCUCGCUGUGAACUUUAUUGGUCUGCAGCUGUUCCUCUGUUAGAGAGACUUCAAAAUAAUCAGACUAUACGUACUAUAGCUACGAAAUUGUUUGAUUAUCAAGGGAAAGAUAUGAACAACGUGGAAUUAACAAACGCUUUGGAAGAAGGUAGAUUGCUAUUAGCUCAAAAAUAUCAACGAAAUAAACAAUAUGAACAAGCAAUUGAAGCAUUAAGAGCAUUAAAAUGCCCAGAGGCCUCUUUCCAGCAAGCUCAGAUCUAUAAAACACUUGCCGAUGAGCUCGUUAGUUCAUUACCCAGGGAAAGCUUGACAUCAGAAAUGCGUUCACAGCAUAUUAUCAUGUUGUCAAAAGCUCGAGAUUGCUUUUAUUUAACUCUCGAUCGUUUACGCAGCCCAGGUACCAAUCCGAAACACCCACUGGAUUCAGAGCUUUGCCAGCAUAUUUCUGGAAUUGAAAAUGAACUGAAACGCAUUGAUCCUGAUUUAUGGAGGAAUGAUCUCAACAGGAACGAGUGCGAUGAAUUGUCUGAUGAGAGCUACUCGUCUGCCCAUAGUGGAGAUCACGCUGUUAUAAAUACUUCCUAUGGUCCAAGCAGUAAUGUUCACAAAUCUAAUACACCUCAGAGGGCUACGCACCGGACACCAAAUCAGUCUAGCACACCUUGCAAGCCCCAACACCAAGACAUCUUGGAAUUAUCACGCAAUCGAACUGAAGCAAGACCGAGUCCCGAACGCCUAGAUGCUCAAAUUCGUCAACUGAUACACUCUAGGGACAAUGGUAUACAAACGAUAAUGGAUCAAAUGAAAGCUCUUUCAGAGACAGACAAGGUAGUGGUAGAACAACUGAAGGAAUUGAAAAAAGAUGUAGGGGAACAAUUGAAAGAAUUGAAGAAAGAAGUAGCUGACUUACGAAGAGAGACUCAAAAGCAACGCCCAGUCAAUAAUCCAAGCCUUGCAUCUCUAAUUCCAAACCCUGAAGAAGAUUUAUGUGUAUUAGGUGAGGAAGACUAUGGAGAUUUGAGUUACGGUCCGGCUGUAGCCCCCCAACCAUCAGGACCAGUUCCAUCAUUUCCUGCAAAUAUGUUUUCACCUACACCAAGACACCCAGCUUAUUCUACGCUCGUGUAUCCUCCUGCAGCACUGCAAGGAUAUUAUCAAGGCACGUUACCAUUCAGUGAUCCUUCUGCACAUAUUCCAACGCUGUAUCCACCUAGUGUGUACCCAAUGCCUGCUUUGUAUCCUCGGCCGCCAGUUGAUCAGAAGAUUGGUACAAUGCCGAAAAUAAUGGACAAUAUAAUUCAGCAAGGAAUUUUCACUCCUAGACUACCGAGUCAGGUGCCUGAUUCAAUUUCUAUGCCUGAUCAAUCGCUACCAAUUCAAGGACAGAGACUGGAUACUGCAAAGAAUGAUAACACUAUAGUCAAUGAUAUUGCUCCUACCAAGGCUCCACCAGUUAACGUUGUAAUAACUACUUCAGAUACUCUACCGACAACAGUACCAUCUGUUCAACCAAUGUUGAGUGUUACUGUUCCUGCUCACCAUAGACUGGGCGGAGGCCAGCCAGUAUCAAAUGUGCCACACAAUUAUCAGAUAUCGAUGCCUUUGCAAGCAACUAUUCCAACUACUGUAAACUUACCACCAUUAUCUACUACCUUGACGACAACCAUUCCAACGAAUUUGGCUGUUACCGAAAAGUCCAGUGGAAAUGCAAGUAUCUUGUCAACUAGCGUAACCAAAAGUUCAAACGAGUCGUAUUCAGAAACUGGUCAUAAAUCAAUUCGUGACUUUGCUCCAAUUGUGUCAUUACCUGCUGAUAUUGAAGUAACUACUACAGCAUCCAUUAGUGCCAAUGUUGCACAAAAAUCUACCCAUUCAAAACCUACUGGAUUCACAUUCAUCAAAACUAUGCAACCUGAUCCAACUCCUGCAUUUUCAUUCGGGAGACCAACUUUGCCAGCUGCUGCUGCUGUAAAUGUGCCUAAUGUGAUCAAUAUUCCCAAUCAAACUACGACGUCAACUGUUCUGUCUCUGAAGAAAUCAAUUGAAACAGAAACUCCUAUAACUGGUAGUACGUCACCAAUUACAUUAUUUCCCCCCCGGACGCCACUCAGGCGCCCUCAUGCUCCUGCACCAGCUACUUUGGUAGCAGCAGUCGCUACUGGUAAAUCACUUGAGAAAUCUCAUCAAAGUCUUGACCAGAAUGUAAUUAAAGAUCCAGAAGAUAAAGUGGACGAAUUUGUCCCAACUGCUGAAUUUUCUCCUGUCAUUGCUCUACCAGACAUUGUUGAAGUAGUUACUGGUGAAGAAGGGGAAACUGUUCUAUUUCAAGAACGUGCAAAAUUGUUACGGUUUGACAGUGAUUCCAAACAAUGGAAGGAAAGAGGAAUUGGUCAAAUGAAAAUCUUACUCGACCCAGCUACAGGAAAAGUUCGCUUGCUAAUGCGUAGGGAACAGGUUCUCAAAGUUUGUUGUAAUCAUUUGCUGCUGUCUGAAAUAAAAUUUUCAUUUAUGACUGGAAACAAUAAAGCUGUUAAUUGGUGUGCUCAAGAUUAUAGCGAAGGAGAAGUUGUUCCAGUAAUGUUCGCAAUUCGUUUUAAAACAGCUGAUCAGGCAUCUGAAUUCUACAAUGUGUUGACGAUUCAACAAAAGAAAAUGGUAAAUGAUCGUAUUCCUACAGAGGCAGCACCACAAAAAAUGACAAACAAAAAUGUAAAAGAACAAUCUAAAGAGGACAAAGCUGACAGUAAACAGAAUAAGUCAUUGGCAGAAAUGUUUAAACCUGCGGCUGGUUCUUGGGAAUGUGGAGCAUGUUACACUAGAAAUGAUGCUACGAAAAGUAAAUGCUUGGCAUGUGAAUCACCUGCUCCAAACACCACUAAGACGACUAUUGUAAAAUCACCUGUAACUCCUGAACAACCCAUCUCAAGCAGUGCAUCAUCAGAAGUCAAAUCCUUAUCGAUUGGUCAAAGUACUACUUCAUCUGAUAAAGUUCCGCUUUCACAGCUUUUCAAGCCUAGCGCUGGAUCCUGGGAUUGCAAGGACUGUUACCUUGUUAAUAGUGCAACAAAUAAUUAUUGUGUUGCUUGCGAUUCACCCAAGAAUCCCUCCAUGCCAGCUAAACCAAAAACUAGUGGCUUCAAUAUCACAAGCUCCUCUGCAUCGACGCCAUCGUUUUCAUUUGGUAUUUCACAGACUGCACCAAAAGAUCCUGCUCUUUGUUUUACCUUUGGUACACCUAAAUCUGAUGCUAAAGCUGCUGGUGAUACGGCAAAGAUCCAUAUUGGAUAUUCGUUUGGGUCUUCAAAUCUGAAUGACAGUGCUACUUUUACUUUUGGGACUCCUCAAAAUUUGGGAGUAGCACAAAAUCAGGAAAAACCGUUUCAAUUUGGAUCACCAGGAAAAUUAUUUGAUUUCCAGUUUCAACCUAAAUCUCCUGUGAAGUCACCAGGUGGCGAUGAAACGAGUGAAGAAGAAGUUGUUGAGAGUGAGGACGUUUAUUUCCCUCCAGUUAUUCCGCUACCUGAUAAAGUUGACGUAAAAACUGGUGAAGAAAACGAGGCUGUACUGUACAGUCAUAGAGCUAAACUAUUUAGAUAUGAGUCUGCUACCAAAGAGUGGAAAGAGCGUGGACUGGGUGACAUAAAACUUCUGAAGCACAGAGAGACCGGAAAACUCCGCUUAUUAAUGAGAAGAGAUCAAGUUCUGAAAUUAUGCUUAAACCACGUCAUUACUUCAGACAUGGAAUUUACUUCUAAAGAUGAUAAAACCUGGUUAUGGUACGCUGCUGAUUACAGUGAGGGUGAUAUUUCUCACGAAAAUUUCGCGUGCCGAUUCAAGACUGCUGAAAUAGCACAAGAGUUUAAGACUGCUAUCAAUAAUGCCAAAGGAUCUGUUGAGACGCCUGCUAACAAAGCUGAACCAAAGACAAGUACAAAAUCACCAGAAACCAUUAGGAAAAAUUUGUUUGGUUGUUCCAGUUCUUCUUCAGACAUUGAAAUUGUUUAUGAAAAAACAGUUACAGAGGAAGAAAAGGCUGCUGCAUUGAAACUCAAGUUGCCAGAAAACUUUUAUGCCUACAAAAACAUGCCUGAUUGCCCUGGGUGCAUAGGCUGCAGAGAUCCAGACUCAUCUGCAAUUGGUGAAAAUCCUGAGACAUCAAAGCCAGUUAUCAGUCCACCCAAAUUUGAGGUUAAGAAAUGGCCUGUUGGUACCGUCGUAAUGCCUUCUAAAUCUACUUUGUUUGUUACUCCUAAUCCGACCACAGCGUCACCUCAUGACGCAACAUCAGCGACUAGUCUUCCUGGUCUUGAAGAAUUGAAGACAACAUCUUCAAAAUUGACUGGUAGCAGUACAUCAACAUCGACCAGCUCUGCAAGCACACUUACUUUGUUUGGCAAGCCAGUAGGAAACGUGAUCGGAGGUAUUAGCUCCACUACAAGUUCACCAAGCGUGACACCAUCUGCACUUGGAAAUAUUUUUUCACCCAAAGUUACUAUAUCUUUUGGAACACCUGCAACAAGUAAUCCUAUUUUUGAAGGAGGUAAUUCAAUGAUGACAACAACGUCUCAGGCUUCCGAACUAGGUGGUUUUACACUUCAGCCCUCACCUAAUCAAGCUAAUUCUAUUGUUACCUCUACUGUGCCAAUCUUGGGGUCCGGCACAGGUAGUGCUAAUGUUUUUUCUUUUGGUGGUUCAACUGAAAAGACAGCAAGUUCUGGGACUGAUGCCAAACCAUUCGAUGACUUGAAAAUUUGUAGCCCUGCCAGCUUUGUAACACCAACAACGUUACCAACAUCUAAUAUUUUUUCUGGGUCAGGAAAUCCUGUAUUUGGCAAUAAUAUUGCUCCUACACCAUCUAUAUUUGAUGGGGCUAAGUCAGCAACACCAGGUUUUGGUGCCGCCACAGUAUUCAGCAAUACUCAGAAUCCUGCAAAUAACACGUUUAUCAAUUUUGGCAUGGGUGCUCCGAAAUCUAAUACUGUACUAACAGGUACAACAGCAUCUUCCAAAUCGGACAAAACUCAAAUACUCAAAGGACUGUCUAAUGAGUCGACAACAAAUUUACCUGUUUUUGGAUCUAUUGCGAACAACCAAUCCACUUUGAAUAGUAAUAGCGAAAUGCCUUCAACAGCUGGUACAAAUUCAAUAUUUGGUCCUAAGAAUAACACUACUUCGAUGUUUAGCAGUACAAUAAGCAAAGAAUUGGGAUCAAGUGGAUUUGGGUUAAAAUUAGAUACUUUGGACAAUAAGAAAACCGAUGCAUUUUCUUUUCUGCCAACGGAUAAUGUUACAACUUUUUCAACACUUGCUGCCAACGCACCACAACAACCAGCUUUUCAAAAAGAUCCGAACUUUUCAUUUGUCGGAGCGGGCACCUCAGUAUUUGGCACUAAAAAGCCAGUGAAUACUAAUGCACCUCAACCUCAUCCACCAAAGGAAGAUACAACAGGAAAGAGUAAAGAUGAUGACGAAGAGGUGGAGGAAAAUGACAACGGUGAAGAACACGAUCCACACUUUGAGCCAAUAGUACCUCUACCAGAUGCCAUUGAAGUGCGCACUGGAGAAGAAGAUGAGGAAAGAGAAUUUUGCCAACGAGCUAAACUCUACAGAUUUGUUAAUUCGACUAAAGAAUGGAAAGAAAGAGGUGUCGGUGAAAUGAAACUAUUGCAUCAUGUUGCUCAUGGGACUUAUCGUCUCUUGUUGCGUAGAGAACAAGUUCACAAGGUGGUCUGUAACUUGUUAUUGACAGCAGAUCAAGAAUUUCACACACUGAACAGCUCUGAUAGAGCUUGGUGCUGGGCUGGGAUGAAUUAUGCAGAGGAAGAACCUGCGGUUGAGGAACUUGCCGUUAAAUUUAAAAAUUCACAACUUGCAGCUGAGUUCAAGGAAGCCAUUGACAAGGCGCAGCUUGAAUUGCGAGACAGACAAAACAUCAGCCAAGAAAAUAAGUACCAAGAGUCAGUAGAACCACCAGAAGAUGAAAAUGAAGACGACGAUGAAAAUGAAGAUGAUAUUGAUGAAGAAGACGACGAAGCGUCAUAUUCAAUAAUGUUUGAAAAAAGGGCGACGUUAUUGGCACAACAAAAUGACGAUUCAAUAUGGCAAAAUGUUGCCAUGGGUGAUUUGAAAGUUCUUUUUGAUUCCGAUAUUUUUGGUGCGAGGAUUGUUCUUGAAGCUGAUACCACAGGAGAGAUAGUCAGUAAUACAGUAAUCAGUAUUCAAACUGAAAUGCAGGUAAACGAAAAGGAAUGCACAUGGUCGGCAAUAGAUUAUGCUUUAGAAAUACCUGUGAAACGGAACUUGAAAGCAAUCUUUUCAUCAUUACCGGUUGCCCGAGAAAUGUUUGCAGUUUUCGAAGAGGGACUAGGUUUUGCCAGAGAGUCUGAAAUCCUAGAACCGGAGUACUAUAUCCCUGAGGAAGAAUAAAAAUUUUUAACAAUAGAAUUUGGGCAUUUUAUAAUAAUGCUAUAGUCAAUCGUGAACUGAAAAGACUUUCUUAAUUUACAUUAAGUUUUUGAAGUUGGUAGAUUUAUUUGUAUGAUAUAAUUAUUUCUUAUAUUCUUUGAGUAUUACAUUGAUAAAUAAUUUAAGGUUGUAUGAAACGUUUGUGCAUGGAAAUUGUUUUAAAAAUUAACACGGCUGGUUAUUAAAUCUGAAACUUAUUUCUAAUAAACGACUAAAUAUUAUAGUCUCACGGUCAAGAUCAGCCGCCUAAAUAUCUUCGUAUCUGAAGAAACAGCGUAUAAUCGCACAUUUCUUUAUUAGAAAGCAAACUCUUCACAAAUGUAAAUAUAUACAUUCAAAACUGAUAAAUUUUUUGUUUCCAGUACUCGACAGUUAGUUCUGUGUUUAAUGCACAAUAAUGGGACAAACUUAUGGUUAUAGUAUCUAGAGGUAGUAAUUUUUAUGUGUUUCAAUAAGUUUUCGAACGUUUUCUAAGUUAACCUGGUAUUUUACUGGUAUAUAUGUGGUAAAAAUACUUUUAAAAUUUAACUGAUAUUGACAUAGAAGCUUGUUCAUAUUUCGCAAAUGAUGCACCAUUUGUAUAUUUAGGCGUGUAAAAUCAAUCGUCAAACAGUUUUGUAUAAUUCGGUUUUUUUUAUAGUUACAUUUUUUUAUUAUUUCCACGUAAACUUAUUUGUUUACUUUACUUAGGUUAGUAUCGGCUAGCAUACAACUUACAUUUACUAGUCAUAUUUGAACUGGCAUUCGUUAUGGUAUUAGAUUAAACGAUUUUUGAUAUUUUACAAGAAAAUUUCACAAGUUCAACAUCUGUAUCUGUCUAUAGAAGUGAUGAAUAAAGUUGUAGAGUUUAAAUAAGUUCAGGUAACCAAUAAACCAAAAUAUUGAUAUUCUAAUUAUAUGCGAUUUUUGGCGAUUGUGUGGUCUAGGUACCUAAAUAUACAAUGAUACAGUUCACGUAACAUACACAGGUUUUGGUAUGCCUCUGUACAUAUACCAGAUGCUUGCCAAAUAACGCCCUUGAGAAAUAUUAUUGAUGUUUACAGAACCAUUUGAAACUUUCAGAUACAUUGUUGAAAGUUGAAUUUGCGAAAUUGUGCCAAUAUUUUGUUAUUCAUCGAUGAACUGUAUUUGCAGUAAGAGAUUAACGUAUCAUCAGUUGUAGUAGUAUUGGCAUUAAUAUGAUCGAAAUAUCAUACCAAGGCCAGUAAAAAAAUGUACUAAACCUGAAUUUCGUAGCAAUACCAGCAAAUAUUAG